UGUUAGCUGGCUCGGCUAAACAAACCCUGCUAGCCCGCGCUGAUCUUUUUAUAGCAGAGAGGGGGAGCCAGAGACUUACAGCAGACCGACAACCAACCUCUCAUCCCAACAACAGUCCCCUUAUUUUUUCUUCUUUGAAGUUACCCCAAGCUAAGGAUUGAGUGAGAUGUGAGGGAUGGUCAGCGUAUAAAUAUCUCUGUGGAACUCUUUGUGCGUAAGACUUCUGUGCCCAGCCGUCAGUAUGAAUGGGGACAUGCCACAUGUGCCCAUCACAACCCUUGCUGGGAUCGCUGGUCUCACUGACUUGUUGAACCAGCUGCCCCUGCCCUCCCCUUUACCGGGCACCACCACUAAGAGCCUGCUUUACAGCGGGCGUGUAACUGAGGAAGUGGGGCGUCUGAUGGGCUGCAGGGAUGAAACUCUGGUCUCUCAGCUCGCCAAUGGCCUCAGCCAGGUCUCCACGGAGCACAUAGAGCUGAAGGACAACCUUGGCAGUGAUGAGUUGGAGGGAGAUGUACCUGUUCUGCUGCAGCUUUUGUUGUCUAGGAACCCCAACAUCUUCAGGAAUAAGACGGCGCCGAGCACUCCCCAGUAUCCUGCCCAGGCGGGUAUAAGUCAGCAGUCAAUGGCGCCACCGUAUAAAAUCACGCAUGGCUCCAUGCAGGGAAGCCCAGCCUCUGCCAAUUACCAGGCCUCUAUGUCCCACAGCCCCUCUGGGCGUUUUGUGCCAGGGCAGUCUGGUUCUGGUGGACGGUUUCUGCCUCAGCAGAACAGCCCAGUGCCCAGCCCUUAUGCCCCUCAGAGUCCUGCUACCGGCUACAGACAGUACCCACACCCUCCAGCCUACAGUCAACACCAGCACCUACAGCAAGGUUCAGUAGCAAGCCCGAUGAUUCCAGGAGGCAUGAGAAAUGUUCACGAGAAUAAGGAUCAGAUGAGGUCGGGUUUUACGUCUCACAUACUGCAGUCCUCUCCACCUUACACUCCUCCUUGUGACGGGGCUCAAGAAAUGCAUCUGGGCUCACCGGACAAGCAGCGUGGUCUGAAGUCCAACGAGGGAGAGCGGGACCCGGCCGAUAAGGCUGCGGUGUAUGAUAUUGUGGGCUCGCCAACAAAAGACCCCACCAAGUUGAUCCUGAGGCAGUCAAGAGCUAGGCCAGCAGAGGUGGAGCUUGGGGGAAUGUACCCCGGUUCGGACCCAGAAGGAGAGCUUGUUGAGGCUCUUGCUGCAAUAGAAAGAAUGGAAAGUGAAGCUGCCAUGGAAACGGACCGUGGUGCUAAAGAGGUGCAGGAUAAAGAUAAGCCUUUGAAGAAGCGCAAACAGGACUCUCACCCGCAGGAGCCAGGCGCAGCUGGCACAGCUGGUUCAGGCUCUGGGGCUCCAGGUGGAGGAGGAGGGGCUAACGCAGGGCACAGGCUCGCCCCUCAGGAGGCCAGCGCCGCUGGCACCAGCGCCAGCCGCCCAGGCCUGCAAGUGAGCUUGGAGCAAGCAGGCAGAGUGGAGGACGCCUGCAUAGGCAUACCUAUCCCCGCCAGCGAGGCUCAGCGCUGGCCUCAGGAGCCGCAGGAAGGGGUCACUCCGAAGGCCCUCAAACACAAGCACGACCACGCUCCAGAACACCGGCAUCAGCCCGAUACCCCACGACAGAAGCACAGACCCGAGGGCCGGCACGGCGAUGUCAGCGCGCAGCGUGCUGCUCAGUCUGGGAGUAAACCCGCAGAGCUGCUUCCGUACAUGCUGGGCGAAAACACCAGUUCGGGUGUGCUUAAAAACUUCACCAUUCCAAAAAUCAGGAAAGAUCUCGGAACAGGAGAUAUUCCAGAAGGCUGGAAGCAGCCGUGUGUGCGGCUAGAGAGAUUGGAACCUGAGGUGGACGUGAAGAAGUCUGUCAAGCCUGUGGUCGUUCUGCAGAAACUCUCCAUCGAUGAAGUGCAGAGGCUCAUGAGGGAGAGAGACUCGCGCGGCUCCAAGUCUGGCAAGAACAGGCUCUCCUCUGGGAGAUCUGGGAAAGGUGGAAUAGACCCGUCAGUGCUGAAGGAUCUUCCUCCUGAGCUGCUGGCAGAGAUCGAGUCCACCAUGCCUCUGUGUGAGCGGGUAAAGAUGAACAAACGUAAACGCAGUACUGUCAAUGAGAGACCUAAGUACGCGGAGGACAGCUCAGAGGACGAGGGCUUCUCGUCUCGUAAACGUCAGAAGAAGGACCGUGAUAGAACAUGGGAGUUUGAGGAGCGUGACCGAAGGAGUUCAGGAGAGCAUCGAAGAGGAAGCUACGACGCACGCAGAGGCUCAGGCAGCCGAUAUGACGAGUCUGACCAAGAUUCACCUCCACCCAGCCUUAGUGACGUUGCAAGACGUUUAAAGACGAAAGAGAAGCAGAAGAGGAGGAAAGCGUACGAGCCCAAGUUGACACCUGAAGAAAUGAUGGACUCCUCCACUUUUAAGCGUUUCUCGUUGAGUAUUGACAACAUCUUGGAGAAUCUUGAGGAUGUGGACUUUAAUGCCCAAGAUGAUGAUGAGAUCCCUCAGGAGCUGUUGUUAGGGAAACAGCAGCUAAAUGAAUUGGGUAGUGAAUCUGCUAAGAUAAAAGCCAUGGGCAUCACCUGCAGGAUUCCCUCUGAUAAACUGGUGAAACUGUUGAAUAUUCUGGAGAAGAACAUUCUGGAUGGAUCCAAUCUUUCUACACUUAUGAACCAUGAUAACGAUGGAGAGGACGAGGAGCGUCUCUGGCGGGAUCUCAUCAUGGAGCGUGUGACCAAAUCAGCGGAUGCGUGUCUGACAGCACUGAACAUCAUGACAUCAUUACACAUGCCCAAAGCCGUGUACAUUGAAGAUGUGAUAGAAAGAGUUCUGCAGUACACUAAGUUUCACCUGCAGAAUACUCUUUACCCACAGUAUGAUCCGGUCUACAGAAUCGACCCUAAAGGAGGCUCCAUGCUGAGCUCCAAAGCAAAGCGAGCCAAGUGCUCCACCGCCAAGCAGAGAGUCAUCAUCAUGCUUUAUAACAAAGUGUGUGACGUCGUCAGCAACAUCUCGGAGCUGCUGGAAAUUCAGCUGUUGACCGAUACGACAAUAUUGCAGGUCUCUUCUAUGGGCAUCACUCCUUUCUUUGUGGAGAAUGUCAGUGAGCUGCAGUUGUGUGCCAUAAAGCUGGUGACGGCGGUGUUUUCUCGUUACGAGAAGCAUAGACAAUUAAUUCUGGAGGAGAUCUUCACCUCUUUGGCCAGACUGCCUACCAGCAAACGCAGUCUCAGGAACUUCAGGUUGAACAGUAGUGAUGCUGAGGGUGAGCCAAUAUACAUUCAAAUGGUUAGUGCUCUGGUGCUGCAACUAAUUCAGUGCGUGGUCCAUCUGCCCUCCGAGAAAGACUGUGAAGACGAUCACAAAAAGGUUGACGAUGAUGUGUUCAUCACCAACUCGUAUGAAACGGCCAGAAGGACGGCUCAGAAUUUCCUCUCUGUCUUUCUCAAGAAGUGUGGUAGUAAACAGGGUGAGGAAGACUACAGGCCGCUGUUUGAGAAUUUUGUGCAGGAUCUGCUGUCCACGGUCAACAAACCCGAGUGGCCCGCUUCAGAAUUACUGCUAAGCCUGCUGGGAAGAUUACUGGUGCACCAGUUCAGUAACAAGCAGACAGAGAUGGCACUGCGAGUGGCAUCGCUGGACUAUCUGGGUACUGUAGCAGCCAGAUUGAGGAAAGAUGCUGUCACCAGCAGGAUGGACCAGAAAGCCAUCGACCGCAUCAUCAGAGAGAGCUCAGAGGGUGACGAGACUCAGCGGCUACAGAAAGCCUUAUUGGAUUAUAUGGAUGAAAAUGCAGAAACAGACCCUGCUCUCGCGUUUGCACGCAAGUUUUACAUCGCUCAGUGGUUCAGAGACUGCACUACGGAAGCUGAGAAGGCCAUGAGGAGUCAGAAUCAAAAGGAGGACGACACGGACGGCACACAGCAUGCCAAAGAACUCCAGGCCACCGGAGACAUCAUGCAACGUGCAGAAACUCGCAAGAAAUUCCUUCACUCCGUCGUUCAAUCAACUCCCAAUCAAUUUACCACUCUCAGGAUGAAUUCAGACACUGUGGACUACGAGGACGGCUGCCUUAUUGUACGCUACUUGGCCUCCACCAGACCCUUCUCUCAGAGCUUUGACAUCUACCUGACACAGAUUCUGAGAGUGUUAGGGGAGAGUGCCAUAGCUGUCAGGACCAAAGCCAUGAAGUGUCUGUCUGAGGUGGUGGCUGUUGACCCCAGUAUACUGGCCAGGUCUGAUAUGCAGCGUGGUGUUCAUGGCCGGUUGAUGGAUAACUCCACCAGCGUGAGGGAAGCAGCGGUCGAGCUGCUGGGACGGUUUGUGUUGAGUCGACCUCAGCUGACCGAGCAGUACUACGACAUGCUCAUCGAGAGGAUACUGGACACCGGUAUCAGCGUGAGGAAGAGGGUGAUCAAGAUUCUGAGAGACAUCUGUUUAGAACAGCCCAACUUCACCAAGAUCACAGAGAUGUGCGUGAAGAUGAUCCGCAGGGUCAAUGACGAGGAGGGCAUCAAGAAACUGGUGAAUGAAACAUUCCAGAAGCUGUGGUUUACACCCACAGCCAGCCACGACAAAGAAACAAUGAAUAGGAAGAUUCUCAACAUCACUGAUGUGGUUGCUGCCUGUAGAGACACUGGCUAUGACUGGUUUGAGCAGCUCCUGCAGAAUCUUUUAAAGUCAGAGGAGGACUCAUCCUAUAAGCCAGCCAGGAAGGCCUGUGUUCAGUUGGUGGACAAUCUUGUGGAGUACAUCCUCAAAUACGAGGAGGCACUUGCAGAGCACAAGAGUGUGAACUCAACACGGUUAGUCGCAUGCAUCACCACGCUGUACCUGUUCAGUAAGAUCAGAGCGCAGCUUAUGGUCAAGCAUGCCAUGACUAUGCAGCCCUACCUCACCACCAAGUGCAGUUCUCAGAGUGACUUCAUGGUGAUUUGUAACGUUGCGAAGAUCCUGGAGCUUGUGGUUCCUCUGAUGGAUCACCCCAGUGAGAGCUUCCUGACCACCAUUGAAGAAGACCUGAUGAAGCUCAUCUUAAAAUAUGGCAUGACCGUUGUCCAGUACUGUGUGAGCUGUUUGGGUGCCAUAGUGAAUAAAGUGACUCAUAAUUAUAAGUUUGUAUGGGCCUGUUUUAACCGUUACUAUGGGGCUCUGACUAAGCUAAAGUUACAGCAUCAGGAGGGCACGAACAGCAUGGCGCUGGCUGCCACCAAAGCAGCGCUGCUCAGAUCUCUCUUCACUGCAGGAGCUCUCUGCAGACACUUUGACUUUGACCUGGAGCAGUUCAAGGGCACCACUAAGGUUGUGAUAAAGGAGAAGGUUUUGGAAUCAUUAUUGUACUUCACCAAUCACGAGGAUGAAGAAGUUAAAUGCAAAGCCAUAAUUGGAUUGGGGUUCCUGUUCAUCAUGCACCCGAGUCAGAUGUUCGUUCCAGAGGUGAAGUCUCUGUAUAACGGGCUUCUGUCUGAUAAGCGUUGCUCCAUCAACCUGAAGAUCCAGGUCUUGAAGAACCUCCAGAUGUAUCUCCAGGAGGAGGACUCUCGCAUGCAGGAGGCCGACAGAGAGUGGCAGAAAAUGUCAAAGCAGGAGGAUCUCAAAGAGAUGGGCGACAUCUCCUCUGGUAUGAGCAGUUCUAUCAUGCAGCUCUAUUUAAAGCAGGUGCUGGAGUCUUUCUUCCACACGCAGUCCAGCGUACGACACUUUGCCCUCAAUGUCAUCGCUCUGACCCUCAGCCAGGGACUCAUACACCCCGUACAGUGUGUGCCAUAUCUGAUCGCUAUGGGCACGGACCCAGAGCCCACCAUGAGGAACAAAGCUGACCAGCAGCUGGUGGAGAUUGAUAAGAAAUACACUGGAUUCAUCCAUAUGAAGGCUGUAGCAGGGAUGAAGAUGUCAUACCAAGUGCAGCAGGCCGUCUUGGGUUCAGUAGGACCCGUGAUCCGUGGUUUCCGUCAGGACGAGUCCAGUUCUGCUCUGUGUUCCCACCUCUACAGCAUGGUCCGCGCAAACAGACAGCACCGACGAGCGUUCCUCAUCUCACUGCUCAAUCUCUUCGACGACAGCUCGAAGAUUGAGGUGAACAUGCUAUUGUUCAUCGCUGAUAAUCUGGCCUACUUCCCCUAUCAGUCUCAGGAGGAGCCGCUGUUCAUCAUGCAUCAUAUAGACAUCACACUGUCUGUGUCAGGCAGCAACCUGCUGCAGACGUUUAAAGAGUCUCUCGUUAAGGUUCCUGGCAGGAAGAGCAGGAAGAGGAGACGGCGGCGGCGGCGACACCACCACCAUCAUCACCAUCACCAUCAACAACAGCAGCAGCAUCAGCAGCAGCAUCAGCAGCAGCAUCAACAGCAGCAUCAACAGCAGCAGAACGGUUCGGAGGAGGAGAGGGGAGAGCAGGGCGAGGAAAGAGAAAGGAACAGCGGAGAUGAAGAGUUUGACGAUGAUGAUUAUGAAGAGGAUGAGGAAGGGCAGCGGGUGAGGAAGCCCAAGCCCACGGAGGGCGCCAGGCAGUCAGAGUCAGAUUCAGAAUCUGACCUUGAGGAUGCUGAUGCUGUCAUGGAGCGUCUCCCUGACGACACAACAUCUCUCCUGGACUUUGCCAGGGCAUCUCAAGGCAUACUGUUACUGCUGGUGCUCAAACAACACCUCAAGAACCUCUACGGCUUCUCGGACAGCAAAAUUCAGAAGUACUCUCCCACGGAGUCCGCAAAGGUGUAUGAUAAAGCCGUCAACAGGAAGUCGUCGGUUCACUUCAGUCCACGGCAGACUAUCGACUUCCUCCAGAAUGAUGAGGUUCAUGAUGACAUGACGUAUGAGCUGAAGAGGAAGAUCGUCAAACAGUACCUCGACUUUAAGUUGCUGAUGGAGCACCUGGACCCUGACGAAGAGGAUGAGGAGGGAGAGACGAGUGCAAACGUGAGGAAUAAAGCCAUCACUGCACUGCUGGGGGGAGCAGCCACAAGCCCCCGAAACCACCACACUCUUGACUCUGAGGAUGAGGACAGUGACGGAGAGGAGAGGACCCCAGGGGCGUCUCGACGCGGGAGGCGCGCGGCAGACUCGGCGGACCUGCUGUUGUCGAACAUGAACGAAUCCGUCAGCGCGUUGGACAUCAUCGCCAUCCACUGCCCCAAAUACCGAGACCGGCCACAGAUCGCCCGCGUGAUCCAGAGGAACAACGACGGCUACAGCAUCCACUGGAUGGCGGGCUCGUACUCCAGCUCCUGGACUGAGGCCAAGAGGCGCGACGGACGCAAGCUGGUGCCUUGGGUGGACACCAUCAGAGAGACGGACAUCAUCUACAAAAAAAUCACACUCACCAGUGGCAACAAGCUCAACCACAAAGUGGCGCAGACUCUACGGUCACUCUACGCUGCCAAGGACAGGAACUCCAGCUAAUAAUACGUAAACGCACGCACAUACCUCCCAUCUCGGAUAAUCUCAGCCUAAUGCAAAACACAAAUACACACACACUCACACUCUCACUCUCACUCUCUCCCUCUCUCUCUCACCGUCUCUCUAUCUACCAACAUGCCUAUCAGCCAAACAUCUCCUGGGUCAGCCAAACACACACAAACAUGAGCGGCUAUUCUACACUACAGACUCUUUCUCUCUCUCUGAUGCACUCUGGGUCUGGCGGUGACCUUUGGCCCUCUGCGCCAGAGUGCAUCGUCGUAUCGCAGGAAUAAAAUGUUUGGAGAAACAUUGUAUGGGUGCUCCUUCGCUGUUGUGCAGCAGAUUUCUGGUUGUUUGAUUUCUACUCCCAGUGUAUCAUAGUUUAACAUAAAAAUAUUGUUUAUAUCUAUAAAAGAAAUUUAAAUAUAUACUGAAUGUUGAAAGAAUUAGUUUGUUGAUGUUUUUACUUCAUUUCUUCCUUUAUUAUUAUUUUUUUUUUCUUAGCGUCAAGCAGCUUUCUAUAGCUUAGCUCCUUCUUUACUGGCUGAUGACGAUGAUUCUCUCUGUUGAGCUGUUUGUCCAUUUUUGUACGAUAGCACCGUGUGGCUGUAAUUUAUUGUGUAUAGCAUGCAGUGUCUGUGAGGAGGGCUGUGUCGAAGGAGAUUUGCGAUUACAGGUCGCCCUGCUCAGCGUAAAGGGACCCACAUGCCUCUGAUGGAACAAAUACUGCAAUAAAUUUUCUACUUCUCUUA